AACUCCAUUCAACUUGCACUUGUGCUUUCAGAACCCCCGAAGCCUCGCCCGGAGCCGCGGUCUGAGCUCUUCCCGGCGGGCUGGACGAUGCGGCGGCGCCUUCCCGGGCCUGACCACACCUCCACGCUCGGCUCCUGGCGCAGGGAAGCCCGAGACUAUGUCCGAGAGUCACAAUGAACUUGCACAAUAACAACACAGUGCUGCCGUUGUUGCCAAACCUCAGCUCUCUCUGGGUGCCGGGAUCCCCGGGUGCAGGGCUGCCCCCGGGCACAGCCACCGACCCGGGCGGCUACAACGUGUCUCAGGCCUCGGGGAGUCCCUCUCCCGCCAAUGGCACCCUCAGCGACCCCCUGGGCGGCCACGCCCUCUGGCAGGUGGUCCUGAUCGCGGCCCUCACCGGGGUCGUCGCCCUGGUGACCAUCAUCGGCAACAUCCUGGUGAUCGUGGCGUUCAAGGUCAACAAGCAGCUGAAGACCGUCAACAACUACUUCCUGCUGAGCCUGGCCUGCGCCGACCUGAUCAUCGGGGUCAUCUCCAUGAACCUGUUCACCACCUACAUCAUCAUGAACCGCUGGGCGCUGGGCAACCUCGCCUGCGACCUCUGGCUCUCCAUCGACUACGUGGCCAGCAACGCCUCCGUCAUGAACCUGCUGGUGAUCAGCUUCGACCGCUACUUCUCCAUCACCCGGCCACUCACCUACCGGGCCAGGAGGACCACCAAGAGGGCCGGCAUGAUGAUCGGCCUGGCCUGGGUCAUCUCCUUCGUCCUCUGGGCGCCAGCCAUCCUGUUCUGGCAGUACUUCGUGGGCAAGCGCACGGUGCCCCCUGGGGAGUGCUACAUCCAGUUCCUCGACGAGCCCACCAUCACCUUCGGCACGGCCAUCGCCGCCUUCUACAUGCCCGUCACCAUCAUGACCAUCCUGUACUGGCGGAUCUACAAGGAGACGGAGAAGCGCACCAAGGAGCUGGCCGGGCUGCAGGCCUCGGGCACGGAGGCCGAGGCCGAACACUUUGUGCCCGCCGCCGCCGCCACCACCACCACCACCACGGGCAGCUCCCGAAGCUGCAGCAGCUAUGACCUCCAGCAGCAGGGCCCGGGCGCCCGCUCCGGGCGCCGGCGGUGCGGCGCCGGCGGCUGCUGUGACCUCUGGGUGCCCGCCAAGACCUGGGAGCCCAGCGCCCAGCGCGUGGUGGACCAGGACCACAGCAGCAGCGACAGCUGGAACAACAACGACGCAGCCGCCUCCCUGGAGAACUCGGCGUCCUCUGACGAGGAGGAGGAGGAGGAGGAGGACAUGGGCUCUGAGACCAGGGCCAUCUACUCCAUCGUGCUCAAGCUGCCGGGCCAUAGCACCCUGCUCAACUCUGCCGCCACCGCUGCGCCCCCGUCCCCGGACAGCCUGCGGGUGCCCGACCCGGAGCUGGGCACGGCGGGCACGGCGGCAGCGGAGAGGAAGGCCGGCAAGCUGCAGGCCCAGAGGAGCGUGGAGGACGGGGCCCGCUUCCCAAAGAGCUUCCCCCCCAAGCUCCCCAGCCGGCUGGAGUCGGCCGCCGACCCGGCCAAGGCCUCCUCCUCCUCCUCCUCCGACGCCAACUCCUCCGUGGGGAGGACCGCGGCCACGGCCACGCUACCUCUGUCCUUCAAGGAGGCCACCCUGGCCAAGAGGUUCGCCCUCAAGACCCGGAGCCAGAUCACCAAGCGGAAGCGCAUGUCCCUCAUCAAGGAGAAGAAGGCGGCCCAGACGCUCAGCGCCAUCCUGCUGGCCUUCAUCAUCACCUGGACGCCCUACAACAUCAUGGUCCUGGUGAGCACCUUCUGCGACAGCUGCAUCCCCAAGACCUACUGGAACCUGGGCUACUGGCUGUGCUACAUCAACAGCACCGUGAACCCCGUGUGCUACGCGCUCUGCAACAAGACCUUCCGCACCACCUUCAAGUCGCUGCUGCUCUGCCAGUGCGACCGGCGGCGGCGGCGCCGGCAGCAGUUCCAGCAGCGCCAGUCGGUGACCUUCCACCGCUGUGCGCCCGCGCAGGACCUGUAGCGUGAGCCUGGCGCGUGGCCGUGACCACCUUCUGCGGGUGUGCUCCCGCGCAGGGCGUGUCUGUCGAGUGAGCUUGGUCGAUGGCCGUGACCUUCGAUGGGUGUGAGCCUGAGCAGAGCAGGGCCUAAUACGUGAGCGUGGUCAAUGGCCGUGACCUUCUACAGGUGUGAGCCUGAGCAUGACUGUAGAGUGAGCUUGGUCAAUGGCCGUGACCUUCCAUAGGGGUACACCUGAGCAUGACUGUAGAGUGAGCUUGGUCAAUGGCCGUGACCUUCCAUAGGGGUACACCUGAGCAUGACUGUAGAGUGAGCUUGGUCAAUGGCCGUG